AUGAGUAUAUCAGGGGGGGAUGAAAUGAUGAAGAUCUCCAAUGUGGUAGUGGCAACCGGCGGGAAUGCCGGAUACAAUCCAAGCUAUAACCCCCAGGCGGGAAAAGGAGGAAACAAUUUUCACCAGAACAAUAAUCAGCAAGGGGCAAGCCAGAAAAACCAGAAUAACAUAAAUGCCAAUCCACAGGGGCAGAGACCCCGACAGGAUAGAAGGGAGUCCAGAGGACUCUUUGAUAACUACACUCCGCUGAACACACCGCGGACAGCAAUUUACAACAUAAACAACAAGAUGGACGGUUGGAGAAGGCCGCCACCAAUGCAGAGUGGGGAAAGAAAUGUCAAGAAAUUCUGUGACUUCCAUAAUGAACACGGCCACCUCACAGAUGACUGCAGAGACCUCAAAGACAACAUUGAGGAUAUGGUCAGAAAGGGGUAUUUUUCGCAGUAUAGGGCGAGACAAGGAAAUGGUAACAACAACUCGGUGGGGGGAAACCCUGCCAAUUCAUACCGGCCACAGCAGAAAAAUCAACAACAAUACCCCAGAAUCGAACAGCCAUAUCAGCCACCUAGAAUCGAGCAAAAACAGCCGGAAACCAGUGCCAGAGCAGAACAGAGGGAUGGCGGGAAAAAACCACCCGUGUAUGUAAUUUCUGGCGGCCCAGUCCACGGAGGGACGAUAAGCGGCGCCAGCAGAAGUCUGGAAGAACACAGGCACAUGGUAAACUAUCAUAACACAAGAGUGUGGCCGAACCCACCCAGCAUACCAGUGAUGACGUUCUCGGAAUCGGAUUGCAGAGGCAUCAUUUUCCCGCAUGAUGACCCGCUAGUUCUAACAAUCGAUAUAGCAAAUGCCGAUGUGAACAGAGUACUGGUAGACGGCGGCAGCUCAGCAAACAUCAUUUUCUGGGAAGCCUUCAAACAGUUGCACAUACCAGAGGACGAGCUUCAAAGGGUGAACUACCCAGUAAUCGGUUUCUCAGGAUCUACAGUGUACCCAGAAGGUAGCAUACGGUUGCCGGUGAAAAUCGGAGAGGGAUCUGAAAUGCGAGAUCUCAUGGUGGAUUUCCUAAUCAUCAAAGUACCAGCGGCCUACAAUGUGAUCAUCGGCCGCCCAUUCAUACACGACGCGCAAGCGGUAGUCUCCACCUAUCACUUGACAAUGAUAUAUAUGUCGAACCUGGAAAGGCCGGCAAAGAUAAGGGGGAGUCAGUUGGCGGCAAGAUCCUGUUACUUGACUGCUUUGAGAACACCGGGAAGAAUGGUCCCAGAAGUAAACUUGACUACUGAGCCGGCAAGGCAAGAACAAAGGCCAAAAAAGAAGAACGCCACGAAAAGAGGUCGAACUGACCUAGACAUGGAACACUUUGAUGAGAGACCGGUAUCAACACCAAGACCAAUGCCAGAUGGUCUGACAGAAAAUAUUGAGCUGGAGGUUGGAAAUAUGGAUAGAACGGUCGUGAUCGGUACAGAAAUGGGGAGUGACAUGAAGAUUAACCUCAUAAGCUUGCUAAGAGAGAACGCGGACAUCUUUGCAUUCUCACCAGAUGAGAUGCAUGGUAUCGAUCCAGAGAUAAUGGUCCACCGGUUAAAUACCGACAGAAAUGUUAGGCCAGUACGGCAGAAAAAGCGUAAUUUCUCCACGGAAAAAAUGGCAGCAAUACAAGAAGAGGUGGAUAAACUGUUGGCGGCAGGUUUCAUUGAGCCAUGUGAUUACCCUGAAUGGUUGGCAAAUGUAGUAAUGGUAAAAAAGCCGAGUGGGUCAUGGAGAAUGUGUGUAGAUUUCACCAACCUUAACAGAGCGUGUUCGAAAGAUUUCUACCCACUGCCAAGGAUUGAUAGGCUGGUAGACUCUAAUAGCGGCCACGCAAUGCUCAGGUUCCUAGAUGCUUUCUCAGGAUAUCACCAGGUCAGCCUGCAUAAAUCAGACAGAAAGAAGGCGGCUUUUAUCACGGAUGCAGGAGUUUUCUGUUACAAGGCAAUGUCAUUCGGGUUGAAAAAUGCAGGGGCAACGUAUCAAAGGCUGGUCGACAAGGUGUUUGCCGACCAAAAAGGCAGAAAUGUGGAGGUCUAUGUAGACGACUCUAUCGUAAAAAGCCGGAAAGAGGAGGAUCAUAUUACCGAUCUCCGAGAAACUUUCGAGACUUUGAGAAAGUACAGGAUGAAAUUAAACCCAAAGAAAUGCGUCUUCGGAGUAAGAUCAGGAAAAUUCCUGGGAUUCUUAGUCAGCGAGCGUGGCAUAGACGCUAACCCUGAAAAAGUAGAAGCAAUCAUCAGUCUGCCGCAACCCAAAAGUGUAAAAGACAUACAGCGGUUGACAGGAAAAAUGGCCGCCUUGAACAGAUUUGUGAGCAAGUCGGCAGACAAGCAGAUGCCCUUCUUCACAACCUUGAGGCAAAACAAGAAAUUCAAAUGGGGGCCGGCAGAGCAAGAGGCUUUUGAAUCUCUAACAAGUCACCUGAAGAACCUACCAACAAUAGCAAGGGCAAAGGAGGGCGGAAAAUUACAGUUGUACAUAUCGGCGUCACCAAAAACAGUCGCAGCAGUACUGGUAGCCGAAACAGAAAACAAAGUGCAGCAACCAGUAUAUUUUGUGAGCCAUGUGCUAAACGGCCCAGAAACAAGAAACACGUUGGUGGAGAAAAUGGCAUAUGCAGUCCUUAUCGCGGCUAGAAAGUUAAGACCAUACUUUGAUGCGCAUACAAUCGAAGUGCUGACAAACUUCCCUCUCGAAAAAGCCAUUAGCAAGCUAGAUACAUCAGGCAGGCUGCUAAAGUGGGCAAUAGAGUUGUCCGAAUUUGACUUGGAAUUCCGGCCAAGAACUGCAAUCAAAGCUCAGGCAUUGGCGGACUUCAUAGUUGAAGCGUCAUACCAGGAGGAUGAAGUACAAGCUGAAGUAUGGGAAGUGUCAGUGGAUGGUUCAGCCGCGCAGACAGGCAGUGGGGCCGGAAUAAUCAUGAAAUCGCCAGGCGGAGAUAUUUUUGAGUAUGCUGUAAAAUUUACGCUCACCCGCGUCAAAUAA